GAAUAGGGUGGAAUGAUUGUGAAUGAGAUAGAUAGAUUGAUUGGUUGACCAUGAAAAGAGUCUUUUCUAAGUUAGCUUUUCCACGAUAUGAAAAGCCUGCGAUACGUACAGAAAUACCUGGACCGAGGUCAAGAGAACUUUUGAAGGAGAUGGAUAUGCUGCAAGAAACAAGGACCAUAAACUUUUUUAUGGACACAGCCAAGAGUCAAGGAACUUAUGCAGUUGAUGCCGAUGGAAAUGUAAUAUUGGACGUUUUUGGUCAUAUCGCUUCUUUGCCUUUGGGUUACAAUCAUCCUGCAUUGGCUGAGGCAGCUUCCAAACCCGAGUGGCUACCGUUUCUCUUACAAAGACACGCUCUAGGUGUACAACCACCAGUAGAGUGGCCCAAGGAAUUGAGAGAAACUUUAAUGAGAGUUGCGCCAAAAGGACUUUCGGAGGUUCUGACAACUUGUGGCUGUGGUUCAUCAGCCAACGAAAAUGCCUUCAAGGCAGCAUUUAUAUGGAAAAGAGCACGAGAACGACACGGCUCGGAGCCAACAACUAAGGAGUUGAUGAGUUGUAUGCAAAAUGAGGCUCCUGGAAGCCCACAAAAGAGCAUCCUUUCCUUUGAAAGGAGUUUUCAUGGAAGAACAAUGGGUUGUUUAUCAGCCACGAGGUCAAAACCCAUACAUAAAGUGGAUAUUCCAGCGUUCCCUUGGCCAGUAUGUCCUUUUCCUCAUCUUUCUUAUCCUUUGCAUGAACAUGAACGUGAAAAUCGUGAAGAAGAAGAUCGCUGUUUGACGCGUGUGGAAGAUUUGAUUCGUGCACAUCCAAUACCCGUGGCAGGAAUUAUCGUUGAACCAAUUUUGGCAGAAGGAGGUGAUCAUGCUGCAACUCCAUAUUUUUAUCAACAAUUGCGAAGAAUUGCCACAAGUAAUGGCAUAGCAUUCAUAGUUGAUGAAGUACAAACUGGAUGUGGAGGGACUGGAAAAUUUUGGGCUCAUGAAUAUUGGCAGUUGGAUACUCCACCAGAUAUGGUUACUUUUGCCAAGAAAAUGCAAGUUUCCGGUUUCUUUUUGAAAAGUGAAUUCAGACCAGCUCAAGCAUACAGAAUAUAUAACACAUGGAUGGGCGACCCUCUUCGCAUGUUGCAACUUCAUGUGAUUGCAAAUGUGAUCGAAAAGGAAAAUCUUUUGACACGUGUUUCUGAUACUGGAAAUUUUGUAAAGAUGGAACUUGAAAGGAUAUCUCGUGAGACUCCAUUUCUUGUGGCCAACGUUAGAGGAAGUGGAACCUUUUUAGCAUUUGAUAUGCCCAAUGCGGCCACUCGAGACCAACUUUUAUUCGAAAUGCGUCAGAAAGGUGUCCAAAUGGGAGGUUGUGGUGAAGUUACUAUUCGGCUAAGACCACCUUUGAUAUUCAAGCAACAAGAUGCCAACAUUUUGAUUGAAACUCUUGAACUGGUUCUAAAGAAUCUCAAGGCGCAUUCUAGUCAGAAGGAAAGCCUUCCAAUUCAUUAAAUUCGUAUAUUUGUAUAGUCAAAACGAUGAAUCAUUUCUGUAUGCGCUGUAUUUCACAAACUCAUUUGAAAUACUAUAGCGUUUGCUUAUUCUCCUAUAUAUUGUCAAAGAAUUUCCCUUAUAUUAUAGAAAAAGUCAUCAAAUUCAAGAUACUCCAAAAAUUCUUGCUACAAUAUUCAAUGUCACCCCUUCAUUGUAGUAGAAGUUCGGAUCUCGUUUAAGUUC